AUGGUGCGCCAGGUCCAGCCGCAGCCGCUGCGCAUCAGCAAGUCGGGCAUUGGCACUGGCCAUACGCCUGCAUCCACGCCGAACAAGAUGCCCGCCGGUCGAGCGCUGCAGGAGAUUGGGAACACCUCGCAGCGUCGGAACUCACCAUCCUAUAACCAAGCGACGAGGAAGAUGAUUGUCUCUCGCGAGUCGUCACCCUACACCGAGAACUCCUUCACCAAAGACUCGCCGCGUGGUUUCUGGACUGCCAAAGACCCCAUGUCGCCCAGCUCUCGCUUGGGCUCAGACGAGAACACGCCUGAGCGCGAUCAUUCUCCCGGUGUGACCUCGCCUAAGCGUCGAGCCAGUAUCGAGCGCCUGCAGAAGGCCGGCCGAGUCAAGUCCAGCAACAUCUUCGCUCUGGAGUCGAAAGAUGCCUACGAUCCAUCCAACAUGCCCAUCGUCGAGCGACCGAGCGCCAAUCGACCGCUGAGCGGGAAUUUGGUCAACAACAGCUUCACUAGAUAUGACAGCAUGAGGAAAGAGAACAAUCCAGUCACAAGCCCGCGCAGACAGGCACACAAGCGCACAAACAGCGAGGCCACCGUCCCUCUCAUGAGCAGUCCACUGACGAGGCCUGUCCCGAUUCCGGCAAAGCAGUCAACGCCCACCAGUUCACCUACCAAAUCAUCGCUUUCACGAACAAGUCAAUUUGGCGGCUCCUUUGAGAAUGAACCUGGACCAUAUGCAGAUGGAGAUGAUCGCUGUCCGACCCCACGCGCUCGUGCUAUUCAUCGUCAGAAUAAGAGUGUCACUUUCCGUGAGGAUCCGCCUGUCAUCAACGAGUAUGAGAACCCGACCCCAGAACCAUCAGUAUCGGCUGCAUCUGGCUCUCGCGAGGGAAGCUGGGAUUCCGACUAUUCCGAUCCGGACUAUAGCUUUGAACGUGGCAGCUCGCUUAAUGAGCAACGAGAUGAUAGCUUUGAUGCCGAUCUGGAGAACGCAGACAAGACUCCGGUCGUCCUGCCAGAAGAUUGGUCUCGCAUGUCUCCAGAUGACGCACGCACAGAUCUAGUCGACGAGGGUGAUGAUGUUUUCGAGGGCCCUUCGCCAGUCUCAGAGCGGAACAUGCUGAGAUCUGCAAGUGUAACAUCCGACGGAGAGUCCAGACCUCUCCCACCUUUGCCUGGACUCAUGACAGGUCGCAGUGGCUCUGCCACUGCCCUUGCAGCCGGACGUGCCUCCAGCGGCCAGCGAAACUUGCCAAGCCCACCGAAGCGUGCCUCAUGCAGCAAGGAGGACAUUCUCAACAUGACGCGUGACUCUUCUAUGACCAUGGAAGAGCGUUUGCAUCUCAUGGGCCAUCAACAUGGCAAGACCGAGGAGCGACCAUCCUCGAAGCACUCGGAAGCUGAGCUGACAAUCACGAACCUGGACACCGGUGAGAAAACGGACAUGCAAGUGCACGCAGGUCAGGUCGAGGAGAACUCUGCCAUCGCAGACUUGGCCGACUUUGACAACUCUCCACCCAAGAUCUCCCGCGAAAGCAUACUGCGAAAGGUCAGAAACUCCAAGUAUGACUUCCAGGACGACGAAGAGGCAUCCAACCUUGACGAUAGUCCAGCAAGGCCGUCUUAUGCAGAGCUCGCCAAAAUGGAUCCAGAUGAGCCAAUACCAUCUCGAGAGAACAGCCGCGAGACCAGUGAGGCAUAUCUUGGCGAGUACAUCCAUGAUCGCGCCGAUAGCGAGCAAGUCGAGAUCAAGGAGGAGCCGACAGAUGACGAUGGUAUUGACCUCAACGCUAUCCCGACCAUUGACGAGCCUGCCCGGGACGGAACGCGCUCACCUUCGCGCAUGGAUGAUUAUGAGCGUCAGUCCUCGGUAAUCCGCCACGAUGUCAGCUCCACGAGCGAUCACGAUGACUCUGAGAGCCGCUACAGCUCAGUUGAACCAGAUGCCGAGAGCACUCUUCUCAGUGUCAAGGACUACUCACAGCCCGGGCCAACAGCAGCAGCCGAAGCACCCAGGCAGAAGUCGAUCAGUGGAGAUUUCAUGGGACUUCCGUCGUACCUUGCCUCCGAAGAUUACGACUUCGGCAUGGGAGAAUACAUCACUCCACCCCCGCCAGCUGCUGUCGACGAUAAGGCAAAGCAACUUGAUGUGCUCACCAACCCACCAAAGCUGGAACCGGCACGACAAUCCAAGCCUUCGUUCAACGACUUGCCACGGCCAACAUACGAUGGUGCUGAGUUCUCGCCGCCAGGCACGCCGGACUCACUUAUUCGUCGUGAUAGCGAGGUAUCCGCGUUAAGUGAGGAGCUGCCACCUCCAGCAGAGGCCGAGCCAGAACAGCCAGUGAUUCCGGAACGACGAGCGACAAUCAAGACGAAUGGCCAGCUCAAGACCCGGCCCUCUGCGACACCAGCAGACCUGCGCGCAAUGGCGAACCAGCGACGACUUAAGGGCUACUUGAUGCGCCAGAAUACGAAGCUCGUUGUGGCUACUAACCGCAACUUCUCCGGCGACAGCAACGGUACCGCGAAAUCGAACGACAUGCCCAUGUCCUCAACGGCAGAAGCACGACCGACCUCGCGCGGUGGACGACCGGGAAGCAGUCCUCGCAAGCCUAGUGCUGAGCAGUUCCUCAAGACUGAGCCAUGGAAUGGAAAGGCCAGACGCAAGAGCCAGAGACAGGCAUCGGCAGCACAACACAACAUUGGGCCAGCACCACCGCUUCCCGGGCAGCCAAGCGCUCUCGGUGUUGUGGAUGAGGACUUUGCAGCAGGUACGAGCAGUCUCGAGGAUGACGUUGGUGAGGGUGUCGAGCGCGGCCGGCUUUUCGUCAAGGUGGUCGGUGUCAAGGAGCUUGACCUGCCAAUUCCACGAAACGACCGUCUAUACUUUCAGCUCACGCUGGACAAUGGCCUGCAUUGCGUGACGACGAGUCCUCUGGAACUGGGCAAGAAUGCGCCAAUUGGGCAAGAAUUUGAAUUGGUGGUGCUUAACGAUUUGGAGUUCCAGCUUACCCUCAACACGAAGCUUCCGGAACCACCAAAGCGGCAUGCCGCAGCAACGCCUCCCUCGCCAAACAAAGCUGCGCAGCACAAGAAGACAUCCAGCCUCUCUCGCUUCCUGGCCAGUCCAAAGAAGCGUGCUGAGCGUGAGCGCCAGGAGCGUGAGGCUGCUGAGGCUGAGGAGCGAAGACUGCAAGAAGAGGAGCGUCGAAAACGAGCUUCAGUACAGCCAACAGCCUGGGACUAUCUCCAUGAACUCGUGAACGAUGUCGAUGGGUCCUUCGCUCGAUCAUACGUCAAUCUCAAGGCUCACGAGAAGGAAUGUUUUGGUCGUCAGCUCACAGUCGAUGUUCCUUGCUACAAUGAAUGGGCCCAGGAGAGAGACGCCGCUGUUGUGAACAGUGUUCGAUCGAAGCGUGGCAAUGCUGGUCCUGUCCGACGACCACCUUACGUUGUCGGAUUCCUCGAACUACAACUGCUUUACGUCCCAAAACCGGCUGGUGCCACGGACGCCCAAAUGCCAAAGAGCAUGAGCAGUGCAAUGCGGGAGAUGAACCGAGCCAGCGAUCACGUCGAGGUUGUGCACGAGAGCUACCUGUCUCAGCAAGGUGGUGAUUGUACGCACUGGCGACGCCGUUUCUUCCGUCUUCAGGGCCCGAGAUUGACGGCAUACCACGAGCACACGCAGCAAAAGCGCGCUGUCAUCAAUCUCAGCAAAGCCAGCAGACUCGUUGAUGACAAGAACACUCUGGUUGCGAACCCGAAGUCAGCCAACCCAAGCAGUAAAGGAGGUCGUAGGAAGUCAGCUUUCGCCGAGGAAGAUGAAGGCUACCAGUACGUCGAAGAAGGUUUCCGGAUCCGAUUCGCGAACGGUGAGACGAUUGACUUCUAUGCCGACUCAAGAGCGGAGAAAGAUGAAUGGAUGAGUGUCUUGUCCCAGGUCAUCGGCAAACCAGACCCAGGAAAGAAGGCAGCGAGCUGGACAGAUCUCGUCUUGGCCAGAGAGCGUGUCGAGGGUGUGCCGCCACAAGUUCAGGCUGCUUCUUCAGCAGCUGCUGGCGUUGAGGUUAGAGACUUCACCAAACCGCCGCGACCGGAGAGGAAGCUUAGUGAUCGAAAGCCAGUGACUGGAAGCAGGAGUGUCCCAACCAGUCCUGUAAAGCAGGGAGCAGGCUUCCCACCCAUGCCUCCUCUUGCUGAAGCGGAACCUGGAUCGAGGCCCAAGACUCCACCCAUGAACCCCAGACGUGGACAUCGAUCAAGAGAUGCCGUGAAGAGCAUGAUCUUCUAGGAGGAUGGUCAAGACACGUCGGGUCGGAUAGUCGAAUGGCUGAAGACUACGCCAGAUUCCACGCCGUUGAAGGGUGUGCCGUUCCGGGAAGAGGAACCGCAGAAUCUCAGCUUGGAGAGUUGGGAUGCUUGUGAUGUGGACGAUCUUUGAAAAGAAGUGUGCGCAGUCUCCUUGGUGCCGAAGAAGUUAUCAUCGUUGUGGAAUUGUGGAUAGGAUGGACAUGCUUAUUGCGAGCAUUUCGUAUCUGUCUGUAUGUGGUCCAUC